AUGGGUUGUGCGGAAGGAGUUGUGAAAUUAUUGGUGUUCUCUGCUAACCUUGUAUUCGCCCUUGGCGGAUUGGCACUCAUAGUAGUAGGGGUGCUAUACAAACUCAAUAUCAAUGACUACUUAGAUGCCAUUCCUAAUGAUUUCCAAAAUAUCGGAUUGGCUCCAACGUUCACCAUUGUAGUUGGAUCCGUUAUAUUUGUCAUAGCCUUCUUCGGGUGCUGCGGAGCAAUCAGAGAAAGUCCUUGUCUUCUAACUACGUAUUCGGUGAUAUUGUUGGUGAUAUUCCUUCUACAAAUAGCAGUUGGUGUUUUUGCUUUCUUGGAGAUAAAAGAUGAUGCGACUCUCAAGUCUAAAGUGGACCAAACACUUACGAAUUUGUUCAAUAAAUAUAACACUUCCACGAACAGCAGUCAGAAUGAGCUUGCUGACCUGAUACAACAGGAGUUUGAAUGCUGUGGAACUGCGGGUACGAUAUGGCCAAACAACACGGAACCUGCAUCAUGUCAUGAGAAUAAAGAUUAUUCCAAAACCAAGUUCAGGAAUUAUUGUUCUAGCGCAUUCUCCGACUUUUUGCAUGAUGCACUGAAAGUGAUUGGAAUCACUGUUCUCGCUUUAUCAGCGCUAGAGGUGAUUGGAUCCAUAUUUUCGCUCUGCCUUUCCAGUAGUAUACGAAACAGAGAUAGAAGAUUCCGAUAUUGA